AUGAACAAUAAUGUUGAAGAAUCAUUGAAUCAUCACCUUACAACUACAACAAGUAAAGAUAAUAAUAAUAAUAAUAGUAAAGAUGGGUGUUGUUCGACCAAUCAAUCAUCUGGAAAGGUAUCAAUACCAUGGUACGUUCAAGCAAAGAUAAUAGGGUAUUGUUGGAGUGAUGUAACGUCAUCGUAUGGAUGGAGAAUAGAGCUUAAUCUGGUUUGCAAAAAGUACUUUACUUUUGUAUCGUCGUUGUUGUCGACGCUAAGACAUUCUCAUUUGUUGGAUGUUCGAAUCUUUCAGCACCUCGACUCACAGUACUGUGCUUUAAAGACGAUAACAACCUUUUACGAGGCGUUAGAGUAUGUCGAGAGAAUCACUACAUCGUCUUCAUUGUUGUCGUCGUCUUCGUCGUCGCUGUCACAUGGUAGAGGUCUGUUGGUGUCAUCCGCAACGUCGUUGGCGUCAUCGACAAGCUCAUCUCUGUCAUCCAUGUCGUCUACAUCUACUGCAUUUUCACCAUCACCGUGUAUGCGUCAGAGAAUGGGAGACAUCUUUGCCAAUUAUGGUGAAUCAUACACUUACAAAUGGACCGAUGGCGAAUCUGACCAAGUUGGUGUUGGAGAGUGUCAAGAUACACGAGUUCUCGGCACAGACAUUCUUUCGCAAGUUGGUGGAGGGGUUGCCGCAGUUGGUGUGUCUCAAGCUCAUCAAUAUAUCGGUGCCGCCGUCCAUCACAGUGCAGUACUUUAA